GGUGGCUCAUAAGUGCCAUGCAAAAAUUGUGAUUUUUUUAUCGUUUUAGCGACUUUUUUAGCGACUUUUUUAGCGACUUUUUUAGCGACUUUUUUAGCGACUUUUUUAGCGACUUUUUUAGCGACUUUUUAGCGACCGAAGUAAUGCGGGCUCAAGUUGCUUCUCAAGAGAAGAUGGCGGAACUCGAAACCGAAAUCAAUGAGAUAUGCGAGUUUCUCGCAAAAAGAGAGAUUCGAGACGAAGUGAUCGCUCGAUUCAGGAACGAGAAGAUGGAUUAUUCGGCAGUAAAUACUGCCUCAGAUGAACAAUUGCAAGAGUUAGGACCAUUGCGAAGGGGAGAUCUGCUGUCCUUAAGAAGCUUUGUAAAUGAAAAGUUGCGAGGUGAGAGUAGAGAUGAGAAGAAAAGAAAGCUGCUUGAUCUCCUCAAAAAAAGGGUAAAACCAAAGAAAAAGAGAGCCGAAGAAAAGGCAAGUACAGAGCCAGGACCCUCUAACCAAAUUAUAAAUGGCUACCGUAAAGUUCAGUUUGGCUGGCUGCACUAUGACCCGCAACAGAAUAGGUAUGUUGGAGUUCGCCUUGCAAAAGGAGGUGGGACUAGAACUGUGAGAGCAGAACGUAGCUCAGAUGUUCGUGAUUUGAUUGCUUUGGGUAAAUCAAUUUUCUUCCCAGGUGCGACCGAAGUAAUGCGGGCUCAAGUUGCUUCUCAAGAGAAGAUGGCGGAACUCGAAACCGAAAUCAAUGAGCAACAAUAA